UUUCUUGAAUUUCACUUAUAACUCAUAUCGGAUUAGCAAGCAUAUCCAAUUAUACAGUUGGUCUUAGCUAGAAGGCCUGAAAAAGGUAUCAAAGGCUAUAUAUUUGUACAAAACAAAGCAGAUUUGGAAAUAAAUGAAUAAUAUUCCAUCCUAUUGGGCAUCACCUAGUGAUUUUGGGACCAUAAGUUGUGGAUGAAACAGAAGUGCGCUAUCUUCUCUUAAAAAAGACCAAACCUGCCGAAAACAUACCCUGAUUCUUUUAACGGUCUCCAAGUACACUAUGGAGCUCUUCUUUCUUCACAACCCUACUGUGCUGCACAAGCCUCUCUUCUCUGUGCCCAUCACAGUCAAGACGCUCCCCAAGAGGAAUUCACAGGUCUUACCAUGUCAAUGCUCAUCUUCUUCCUCAUCAGAUGAUGAUACAAAACCAACCAGCCAAUCAUUACACUCUGAGGGAAGGAGGGCUUUGAUUGGCUCUCUCUUAACAUCAGCUGCUGGUAUUUAUGUGUGUGAUGUGGCUGAGGCUGUCAGCACAAGUAGGAGAGCUCUAAGAGGAUCAAAAAUACCUCUGGAGGAAUUUACAACCCUUCCCAAUGGUUUAAAGUACUAUGACUUGAAGGUUGGGAAUGGAGCUGAGGCAGUGAAGGGAUCGCGGGUUGCAGUUCAUUAUGUCGCAAAGUGGAAGGGUAUCACUUUCAUGACAAGUAGACAAGGACUUGGUGUUGGUGGAGGAACGCCAUACGGAUUUGAUGUAGGCCAAUCUGAGAGGGGAUCAGUCCUCAAGGGGUUAGAUAUUGGUGUAAAAGGCAUGCGGGUAGGAGGCCAGCGAUUGCUUAUAGUUCCUCCAGAGCUGGCAUAUGGAAGCAAAGGAGUCCAGGAAAUCCCUCCAAAUGCAACAAUAGAGUUGGACGUUGAGUUACUGGCCAUCAAACAAAGCCCAUUUGGGUCUCCUGUUAAAAUAGUUGAAGGUUAAUUUUAUGCCGCAUGCUUGUCAAUUGGUUUGGUUACUGUAAAUGAAGGGAGUGAGGCUCAAAGCCAUGGCAAACAAGGAUGUUCAUCUUUGCUGGUUUAUUCUUCAGUCUAUUCCAUAAAGCUGUUAUUUUUUUCUUAGACUAUAGAAGCCACCAAUGAUGCUCUUUCCUACUGUUGC